AAAGCCUUGGACUUGUGUAACCGGCAGCAUUAUUUAAUGAAGGAUUUAGAGUUCAGUUACGUAAAAAAACCGUAGCGAUUAAGUAUUGCUGAAAUUUAAGUUUACACUGGGAUUAAUUAACAGAAGGGAAAGAAACCCAAAUGAAAUCCAACACUAACGAGAUUACAGUACAUAUCAAGUGUCUUGAGCUAGAAACCUUUAAACGUAACUUCAGUCCUCCGCCAGCUUUUACAACAAAAUGACCACUAAUAAUGACAUUCAGACCGUAAUUGUUGUCGGUGGCGGUUUGGUUGGAUCUUUGUGUGCUAUUUUUAUGGCUAAGAAGGGAUACCAUGUUACAGUUUUCGAAUACAGAGAAGAUAUAAGAUGUGCACAGUUACUUCGUGGAAGAUCGAUCAAUAUGUCACUAUCUAAUAGGGGAAGAAGGGCACUGUCUGCUGUAGGGCUUGAAAACUUGAUCAUUGGUAACGCAAUCCCAAUGAAAGGGAGACUUUUGCACGACUUGGAAGGAAAAACCAAAAGCGUUGCUUACGAUCCCACAACUGGCCAAUGCAUUUAUUCAAUCAGCCGAAAUUAUCUAAACAGAACUUUACUCACGGAACUGGAAAACCACUCAAACGUCAAGAUCUUCUUCCACCACAGACUCAUCAGUGCGAAUUUUGACGACGAGACGAUCACAGUUUUGAAUUUAAAGUCGCAAGAAGUUGAGACUCACAGUGCUGAUUUGAUCAUCGGAGCCGACGGCGCCUACAGCACUCUGCGCCGCUUCAUGCAGCAAACUCCGCUUUUCGAGUUCAGUCAAACCUACAUCAAACACGGCUACCUCGAGCUGAAAAUUCCACCAAAAAAUGGGCACAAAAUGCUCCCAAACCAUCUACACAUCUGGCCAAGAGGCGAGUUCAUGAUGAUCGCGUUACCCAACCAAGACAAGUCCUGGACUGUUACCUUAUUCAUGCCUUUUGUCAACUUCAAAAUUUUGAAAAACAGCCACCAGUUGAUACAAUUUUUCAAAGUGACGUUUCCUGACGCCGUACAGCUGAUUGGAGAAGAGUUACUUGUUUCUGAUUUUUUUAAAGUGAAACCGUCGCCUUUGGUUUCUAUAAAGUGUAAUCCGUAUCAUGUGGGGCGGAAAUUUUUGAUUGUUGGUGAUGCGGCCCAUGCCAUGGUGCCUUUCUACGGGCAAGGUAUGAAUGCCGGGUUCGAAGAUUGUUUUAUUUUGGAUGAUAUACUGUAUGCGAAUAAAAAUGAUAUUGGGUCUUCUGUGGAAGAGUUUAGUAAGAAGCGUACAGAGGAUGCGUUUGCUAUUUGUGACCUGGCUAUGUAUAAUUAUGUGGAAAUGAGGGAUUUGGUGACCAGACGGUCCUACCAUUUGAGAAAGUUGCUUGAUGAGGUUCUGUUUAAACUGUUUCCGAUGAACUGGAUUCCUCUUUAUAAUUCUGUUACUUUUUCUGGGAUGAGCUACAAAAAAUGUAUUAAGAAUAGGGAGUGGCAAAAUAUGGUUAUUCAAAGAACAUUCCUUGGAAUUAUUAUUGGUGUUGUAGGCAUACUUUUGUAUUUGUUUAGAAUUUGGUGGUACUAGGAGAAAUUA